AUGUGGGUGUUUGACCAUGCAUGGAAUGUGAUCGCUGAGGGGAUGAGGAAUGAUGGAUUGUAUGAGAUGAAGCUGAAUGAGAAGGCCUUGGCAGCAGAGAAGGCUACUUACCAGCCACCACCGAAGGAAGGAGUGAUGGCGAGGGAGGAGUUGAAGGCGAAGCUGAAAGGAGUGACAGUAGAGGAGUUGCAGGUGGGAGCUGUUGCAAUGGUGGCAGCAGCUGCAAAAGUGGAUCUAGAGACCCUGCAUAGGCGGCUAGGACAUGCGGGGAUGGAGCGGAUUAAGGAGCUAGUGAAGAAGGGCAUGGCAGCCGGUGUGGAGCUGAAGGAAGGAGAUGGGAGUAAGGGGAGGUUGCCUACCAAAGGCCUUGCAGCAGAUAUGACCCCGCAUGAGGCCUUUUAUGGGAGGAAGCCGAACAUGGGGUUUGCAAGGGUGUGGGGCUGCAUGGCUCAGUAUAGGGAGCCGGUUGGACCGGACCACAAGCUCCUACCAAGGAGCAAGUGGGGGAUUAACCUUGGGAUGGGCAAGGUGAGCAAGGGCUGGGUGAUUAAGGACGUGGAGACGGGCAAGGUAGUGGUGACCAGGGAUGUCAUCUUCUAUGAGGAUGUUAAUUACCUGCAGUGGAAGGGAGUGAACAAGGAGAUAGCAACGGGAGCAGCAGCUGCGCUUGAUAAGGUGGAGAAGCUGCUAGUGGAGAAGGAGAACGAGGGGAUAGGGUGUGAUGAGGAGGAGUCAGGAGGUGGUGCGGACAAACCUACCAAGGAACCUAUUUGGCCGGAGCCGCAGAAGAAAAAGGUUGUAGAGGCGGCAGCAGAUGUGGAGGACAAAGGGCACCACGAAGGAGAGCAAAGAGAGACGGGCACAGAGGAGGAAAAUCAGGAUGUGGAACGCGUGGAAAGCAGUGAUGGGACAGCACAGGAGGGCGAGGGUAACCCAUGGAGACUGAUCGGUAGUGACGCUACUUGUGAAGCUGCUAAAGAGUUAAAUGAGCUGCUGGAGGAUGGAGCCAUGGUGAUAGGAAAGGAACGAGGGCUUAACGAGAUAUAUGCAGCGACAAAGGAAGUUAGUAAGGACGAGACACCGGCUGAGGAGUUGGGGCGCGGUCUGAGGAUCAAGAAGAAACCAGCUAAGUUUGUUGCACUGGUUAUGACACCUUGGAAGGAUGUGAGGACCCAUCUGCUCCUGGCUGCAACUGCAACGGCGCUAGUGUCACAGGGGAGUUUGGAGAAGCUAGUGGAUGACCCACUCGUGCCCGUCCGAUUGGACCUCGAGAUCGGAGAUGAACGGCUGCAGGACGCCUUCUGCUGGAACAGCAACGAGCCGGAUGGGGAGAUAGCGGCCUUUGCAGAGGGACUCGUGAGGGACACGAAGCUUCCUCCCUACUUCCUGCCGCACAUCACACAGGCCAUUCAGGCCCAGGUAGCCGAAUUUCGAUCGCUGCAUGCGCAGGACCUGGCAGCAGUGCUUGGAGCCAGUGAGGAGAACUUGCACCUGGUGAAGCUGGAUGUGUGUACAGCCACAUGCAUCAUUCGAGACCAAUUCUUGUGGGAUUUGAACAACCCAUACGCGGAUCCCGAGGCCUAUGCUGCUGGCCUUUGCUCUGAUCUUGGGAUUACCGAUGCCGACCCACAAGCACAGGUCUGGGUUGCAGUGACUCUGCGAGAGCAAUUGCUAGAGCUGGCCCGCCAGAUGCUCGCUUCUAAGGAGACGCGCUCCUCCAAGCGGCCAAGGAGGGAGCGCGGGGGGAAUGCCGACCUAAAGGCCACAGCAGCAGCUGCCGCUCCCACCCCACCCGUGGGCACCACGACGCUAGCCUUCAUGCGGAGAGCAGACGGGCGCAUCAGCGUGAGAAGGCCGCGCAAGGACUGGCCUGCCUUUGAACCCCAGGUGGAGCUCCUUGAAACCCCCACUGCUGGUAACCCUACUGGUGCAUCUGUUGCUCGUAACGCUGCUGGUAACCCUGCUGAUGCUGACGACACGGCUAUUGCUGCUCUGGUCGCUGGAGAUAUUUCUGCUGACGUGGCGACUCCAGGUCAGGUGGAUGAGGACACUGGUGCUGCUGAUGUGGCAGGUGCUGGUGCCUUUUCUGCUGACGUGGAUCUUGACGCAGAUGACGAUACCGGUGCUGGCGAUAAUGUGGGGAAUUAUGACGGUGUAGGUGGUGACGUGGCGGAUAGGGAUGUUGGAGAUGAGGACAAAUAUCUUGGUGAUGAGUCGGAUGAUUUGGGAGGUGUAGGAGAGGAUGAAGUGUAUCUUUCAUCCUACUUGCCUAGGAGGGGUCCGAAACAUCAUUUCUGA